AUGGGCUUUACCACCGGCUUCACCGGCGGUGUCACGCUCACCCUCUCCCUUGCCUAUCUCUCAGUGCUCGCUCACCAGCGCACUCGUGAGCAACAAGGCUCAGCGCUUCGCGCCCAAGCUCUCGCUCUCCAGGGCUUGAUCGACCCUCUGCCACCGCUGCCACCGCCUACGCGGUCCGAAGUCGCAGCAGCCCAAAGGGCUAAGACUGUUGAGAUCGCCAAGGACCGAUGGAACACUGAAGUCGAGAACGCAGCACGAUGGGUGCAGCACACCGAUUGGGUCCAAGUACGUGAAGGUCUUGAGGAGACUGCAUCACGACUCUGGGCUCGAGCCGUCGGCGCUAGCCCUUCAGAAGUUGCCGACCAGGCUGGACAAAAAGCAAAGGAUGCUGAGCGACGAGCAAAGCCUUUCGUGAAGGAAGAGGCUGCCAAGCUUGGUGACGCCAGUGGAAAGGUCGCAGCGGCGGCCAAGAGCGCUUACAAAAAGGCAAAGGCCGAGACCAAGGAGUUUGCCAGCGUUAUUCUGGAUCACAGCAAGGAUAAGGAGAAUGUCGAUAUUGCUCAAGAGGAUGGAACUCUUUCCGCACUGACCCCUGUGGAGCGAGCUCUCCAACAACGAUUUAACAAGCCCGAGGACAAGGUGAACAAGACAGUGGAGGAUGCACUGAGCGAGAGAUACAAGCCUAUGGACUCUAGGGAUAACACACAACUGAGGGGGGUCUAA